CUUUCCUUCAACAAUGGCAACAGAAACUCCUCAUGUUGAUUCUUCAUCUGAGUAUUCAAUCCCUUACUCUGAACUCUUCCCACUUGUUAAAUUCACGGGUUUUAGUUCCACCAAAUGGGGAUUUCUUAGGGAGUUUGGCUCAAGGAAUGAAAAUGUGAACCCACUUGCGGAAGCAAUGGGGUUGGAGAACUUCAGACAAGCAACACAAGGGCCGAAAGUGAUUGUGGAGAGGAUGACUUGUGAUCUGCAAAUGGAGGAAGUAAGGGAGAACCCCCCAACUCAGCAAUGUGAAACAAUGUCAGAUGGAGCAAUCAUGUUCACAAGCUGGGGGGAGAAGGAUAGACAAGGGAGGAGAACAAGGUAGAACAGGCUGAAAAAAAAGGAAGACAAAUAGAAGACACUGCCCUAACAAGUGUCCUCUGAAAAGGAAAGCUGUAACAGAUAUUGCUUAUGCCUCCAUUCAGUUUGGGGAUGAAGAAGAUGAUGCUGACUCAUCCAUGGCUCGAAGAGCAAAAAAAGGGAAAACACUCCAACAAGUGGGAAGCACAAGUGGAGCUGGUUCUUCAAGCCAAGGAGGUCGAAUCAAUCAAGUGAGUGCAGUUGAAUUUGAGAUGAACUUAGCUGUGAUAUUCAGAACGGAAGGGCUUGCGGUGGUUGACCCAAAUCAACCACCUCCUCCAACAUGAAGGGACUGAUAUGGAACUGUAGGGGUCUUAGCAACCCAACUGCCCCUAUAGUUUCGAAAAUAAAACUCUUAGUUGGGAACCAUUCCCCUGAUUUUGUUUUUCUGAUGGAAACGAAGAGAAAGAAAAAAGCAGUUUACAAUAAGUUUAGAUCUUUUGGGUACAUGUACUGGGGGGAAUGGAUGCUGUAGGUUCUAGUGGUGGUUUAUUUUUAGGUUGGAAGAAGAAGAGUCAAUUCACAAUAGCCUUUAGUUGUUUAAACUUCAUUGUAGUUGAUGUGAAUGAUGAGAUUAAUGGAAAGUGGAGUUUGAUUUU